GACACUGCAACGAAGAGUCGUCAACUUGGAUUCGUCUUCGAUAUGGCAAAAAUGGCGUCAUAAAAAGAAUUUGUGUUGUUUCUGGAGUAAAUUUAUAAUCACUAGUAAAAUAUAGUAAAGAUAUAGUUUUGAGGUAUUAUAAGGAAAUAAGAAUGGGUUACAGUUAUUACGAUACACCAGAUGGAGAAGAUUGUUUUAAAAAGUUGUGGUAUACUACAAAGAUUGCUGCUGUGUCUGGGUUGGUUGUGUCUGCUAUUGAUGUACGUUUAUAUUCACAUACUCAGGGUCUAUAUCCAACUGCAGCAAGAUUUGCACAUUUUACUUUCCCGUUUAUUGGAAUGGCAGCAGCAUUUACAGCUACGACUUGUAUUGCAACUUCCGUGAGACGUAAAGAUGACAGGCUGAAUUACUUCCUGGGGGCUUGUGCAGCAGGUGGAGUUUUUGGUGCUUGGAGGAAAAGCAUUUUUUCUGGCUUUACUGCUUCUCUCUUCCUUGGUUUUCUGGCAAUUGUGAAGAAAGCUUCGUUGGAGGAAGGCUGGGAGAUUUUCCCUGAUGAUAUUCCGCUUCAAAUGUAUGGGUCCCUUCGUGGUUCCCGUCAUGAUUGGACCCUUACAAAACCUCGACCGAAGACAUGGAAGGAAUCUGAAGAUUAAGCAGUUUUGUGAGGAACUUGUUCAUUUUGGAAUGAUUAAUAGUAGCACCACUGUUGAUAUAUGCAAUAUUAUUCCAAAGAUAGAGCAUAUUUUGUAGCUUCGUAUGCAAUAAAAGCUUGAAUUCAGUGUACUGGAGUUUGUGCUCUUUUAAAAAAUAGUGUCACUAGGAGCAAUGUAGUAACUGAGCAAGCAUUUCUGACUUCCUAUAUUGUUAAGAAUUUUGAAGCUGAAGGGUUAGAUUUGAAUAGAAAUAUAUUAAGUAAAAGUGUCUGUAAUUUCAUUAUUGACGUAAUUUAAUCAUUAAAGUCACUUAUGAACCUAUUCCUUUCA